AUGAGAUUUAACAUGAAAACUGGCGAAGCUUCUCAGAAGAAACUAUCAGCAUCUACUGUAGAUUUUCCUAGAGUGAAUGAAAGCUACACUGGCAGAAAGCAGCGAUACGUGUAUGGAACCACAUUAGACAGCAUUGCAAAAGUUACUGGUAUUAUUAAAUUUGAUUUGCACGCCGAACCAGAUCAUGGGAAAACAAAACUCGAAAUUGGAGGAAAUGUUCAGGGUCUCUAUGAAUUGGGACCAGGGAAGUUUGGCUCAGAAGCUGUUUAUAUCCCGCGUGUCCCUGGCACCGAGUCUGAAGAAGAUGAUGGAUACUUGAUUUUAUUUGUACACGAUGAAAACGCCGGAAAAUCAUUUGUGCAUGUGAUUGAUGCAAAAACAAUGUCAGCAGAUCCUGUUGCAGUGGUGGAAUUGCCCAACAGAGUUCCAUAUGGUUUUCAUGCCUUCUUUGUGACAGAGGAACAAUUGCAAGAACAGGCAAAACUGUGA